GGCGGCCGGAGCGCGCGAUUUUGGCGGAUAAAUUUGGGCGCGCGCGGGCGGGAGGAGCGGGAAAUCGCGGAGCGUCUCCGAACCCCCUGACCCUCCCGCCGGCCGCCAAGCUCCCCGCCGCCGCCGCCCGCCAUGGAGAGGAAGCAGGCGGAGUACAGCAGCCUCGACGAGAGGUACGCGAUCCAGGGGGAGAAGUACCAGGGGCAGCAGUACAGCCACAUCUACUACACGCGCCUCCACCACAUGCGCAACCUCCUCCACCCCCUCGUCACCGCCUGGAAGCCGCACCUUCCUGUUACUACUGUCUUGGGACUUGAAGAAGGAAAGGAUUGCAUAAUUGUUGGAACUUUAUACAAGCACAUGAAACUCAAGCCUUCCAUUCUUGAUGAAUACUCCAAGGAGAGGUCUGCUAUUCCUCUAGUCAAACCACACAAUUUCAUGCAUCCUGAUGAUCAUCUCAUUCUGGAAGAUGAAAGUGGGAGAGUCACACUUGCUGGAGCCAUACCUCCAGCAGCAUAUGUUACUGGAACUGUAGUAGCUCUACAUGGGAAAGAAACAAGUGCUGGCAAUUUUCUUGUUGAAGAUGUUCUUGAGGCUGGGCUUCCUCCUCAACAUACAUUACCUAGCAUAAAUGAGGACAAAUAUGUGGUAUUUUUGUCGGGGUUAAGUGUUGGGAGUGACACAUUCAAUCCUCUACAGUUCCAACUUCUAAUAGACCACAUCACCGGGCAUUUGGGUGAUGAGAAUGAUCAAACCAUUGCAUCCAAUAUAGUACGUGUUGUGGUAGCUGGGAAUUCAGUACAUAUUUCACCAAGAUUCUUCAAUGGUCAGACAGUAGCAUCGAAAGAUCAAUCCAGGAUAGCUGAACCAAUCAAAGAAUUGGAUAUAAUGCUCACUCAGCUUGUGGCAUCAUUGCCCAUGGAUAUAAUGCCUGGAUCUAAUGACCCGGCAAAUUUUUCUUUGCCUCAGCAGCCUUUGCAUAGAUGCCUAUUCUCUGGAGCAUCCACUUAUAACACUUUUUCAUCAUGUUCGAAUCCACAUCAAUUUGAGCUUGACGGUGUCCGGUUUAUUGGAACAUCUGGCCAGAACAUAGACGACCUCUACAAGUACUCUGAUGCCAAAGACAAGUUGGAAUUCAUGGAAAGAACACUGAGGUGGCGCCAUCUUGCUCCAACUGCUCCAAACAGUCUUGGAUGUUAUCCAUACACAGACAAGGAUCCUUUCCUUGUUGAAAGUUGCCCCCAUGUUUACUUUAUCGGGAAUCAAGAUAAAUAUGAAACUCGAUUAUUGGAAGGGAUGGAAAAACAAAGAGUGAGGCUUAUCUGCAUUCCACGAUUUUCUGACAGUGGAGUUGCCGUUAUGCUCAAUUUGAGGAACUUGGAGUGCAGCACUUUGAGUUUCUCAACAAGCCUCGAUGCCUGACCAUGCUUCACUUGUCUGGAGUGCAAGUGAGUAGCACGCUGCUUUGGUGAUGUUGGUCCUGACUUUCGCAAGGUUGUCUGAAGGAUGUACUUGUAGGCUGUAGAUCAUCAGUUUUUCAAUCUAGUUGUGAUGACCUAGGUUCUCCAGUUAGAUGUGUUGAUAUAAUUGCCUAGACGUCGAUGUAUCAAAAGCUGAAAUAGGGGAUGCACGGUUUGUACCAAACAAAAAGCACAUGUUUCUUUAACCAGUACGAGUUUCCACAGCUCAUUUAUUUGUCAGAUGUUUUAUUCUUUUUCAUCAAUCUUGGCAAAUGUAUCAAUGUG